CCUGAGUGCGCGUCCGCGCUGGUGUUCGCGUGGCUGGUGGCGGGGACGGAGUUCUACAGGUUCUUGGGGCCCGCGCGCACGACCCAGCCUCGCCCCCUCGUCCUCCGAGCACUUACCGCUCAGACUGAGCACGAUGAAGUGGAGGGCCCCGAGCAGUACCACAUCUGGGAGGGCGAGCUGACGGCCGUCUCAGAGCUCCGUCGCCGCCUCCCCCUACGAGUCACGAGCGGGGGGGCUGGCGGGACGGCGACGCCGCCUGGGGCCGAUGCUAAGCCGCUGGUGGAGGCGGCCGCUGCGGACGCCUGGGGUGCCCCGCUGACCCUGGACCCGCCUGAGGGCGGGGCGUGGGUCGUGGAGGCGAGCGACAGGGACCCGAGGGACAGGCUUGCGGUGCCGGCAUCCGAGAGGGCGCCCGACGCCGAGGUCGUCGAUUACGUGAGGACGGCGUGGGCGCAGCAUGACGGGCGUGGGGAGCACUGCGACCCUUGGCGCGAGGUCGUCCGCGAGGUGACGCCGUGCAUCUCCCGCGACUGGUCCCUGUGGGACGGCCUCUCCACCGUAGAGCACAUGAUCAAGAUGGGGGACGAGAACGGUGGCACCCCCCUGCCGUGGCUGGAGGUGCGGGAUCGGGUCAUCAGCUCGACUGACCGCACCUGCAUCAGGACGAAGGGCUUGCUCUCGGCGGUCAACUACGUUGGAAGUCGUGACCAGACCAGCUUGGCCAGCAUGCUGAGCAUCAAGGUGUUGUGCCAUAGGGUGUCGCAGAACGUGGAGGCCUACUCAAGCGACCCCACCAAGCUACCGAAGCGGGGCGGGCCGCGGCGCUGCAUGGGCGUGACGGGCCCGCGGGGCGACAUCGACCCCGCGUUGAGGUCGGUCGUCUUCCGUCGGAACAAGGAGGAGAUGGAGCUGGGGGACUGGAAGAGCCGCGCCGCCGGCGUGUCGGUGAUGAGCCGCCUGGCGCUGGAGGCAGGCGGCAUGGCCGCUCUCGCCGGUGGAGGUGGGCGCCCCGCCGGCAGUGCUCAGCCCGCGCGUGAAGUCGGGGUGGGCCUGCUCUCGCUCUUCCCCUUGCCGAGGCUGGAUGACCGCGAGGGGAACUGGCCGCAGCUCCAGAGCCGCGGGGCUGCUCGGCUCGCUAGGCGGGCCCGCCAGGAUUUCAAUGAGGUUGUCGAUGCUUUGAAUUGGUUGGUGAACCGAACUACUACAGGCGCCAAGCCGAAUUUUGGCCAGAUGAGGGUGCACGCGCGGAUCCUGGAGUGUGUGGGUGACAGCCUGCUGCCUCUGGAGACCGCGAUCCCCUCCCCGCGGGCAGCCUUCUCAGAGCUGCUGCGCGGCCGCGGUGUCUACGGCGAGUCGGCCGGACAGAACGUCGGGCUCUACGUGCGCAUGAUCAAGUUGCUCUACUCCAAGGGUAUGCCGGUGUUCUUGGAUGAGGCCGAGCGUCGCGAGGAGGCGGAGAGCGAUGGCAUCCAGGGCGGCGCGGACCUCGGCUUCACGCUGGCGGCCUCCGACAUCAGCGACGCCUUCCACCGCUUCAGGACCGAUCGAGGUCUCUCCGGCUACUUCUGCAUGCGGUGCGUGACGGCGCAGGAGGUGGGCCUUGUGGGCGCCGCCGUCGGGGGCCUCGCGGCGGCGCCCGACCGCCGGCUAGUGCCCGCGUGCGCCGCCCCCCCGAUGGGUUUCACCUGGUCGCGUUACUUCUGCCAGGAGGUGGGUGAAGCCGCGAUGGGCACCGCCCCCGAGCUGGAGCGCGCCCACCGCAUGAGCGACCGAGGCCCUGCGACAGCGCUGCGCCCGCCGGCCCCGCUGGCCGAAGGAGGAGGCGCUCAGUGCACCUACGUGGACAACCUCGGAGCGUUGGGCUUCACCAGCGGGGACGUCGCCAGCGGCCUUGCCGCCGCCACGGCGAGGUUCGACGCCGCGGGCCUGACGGCGCACGAGACGGAGAUCCAGGAGGGCCGCGGCGAGACGCUGGGCCGCGUGCUGGAUGGGAGCUCCUUGACUACCCGGCUCACUGCCAAGCGCUACUGGCGGGUCCGCCAGGGCAUCCCGUGGGCGCUGGGCAGCAGGGCCUUGCCAGGGUGGGUGUGGGAGGUCAUCCUCGUCCACUGUGCGUACUGCGCAAUGUGCGACAGCGACCUCCUCUCCGUCCUCAACGCGAUAUGCAAGUUCAUCGCGGCCCACUACCACCCGGGGGCCCCGCUGUGGCCGUCGGCCCGGGCCGAGCUGGUCGCCUUCUGGGGCCCGAUGCCGUUGUUGCGGGGCGACUGGGCGCUCCCGCGGUGCCCGCUGGUCUGCAUCUCCGAUGCGUCGGAGCACGGCUACGCAGUGAGCGCCUCGCUGUUCGACCAGGCCGCCGUGAAGGAGAUUGGGCGGGUGCAGGGGCGCUCGC